AUGGAACAAGUCGAAGGUCAGGGAAGCCCCCAUAAAGUCCUUGACAGACUCUUCAAAACUACAAAAACUUCCACUAUCCCCCAUCUCACAGAACUUCGCAAGGCCCUUGGCUACGGCAACCCAGGCCAAGAACAGGACAUCGCCUUUAAAAGGGCCAUCAGAGCCCAGAUCGAGUCUUUUGUAUCCCCUAGCACCAAAAUACCUGCAUACAAACUCACCAAGUGGAGGUUGCCUCUUCACCAGAGAGGACUCCAAGAGGUCACCAAAGACUUUCUCGAUACCAAGAGAAAGGGGCCUGAAUUCUGGCCUGCGAGGCACGACUCCGUUAACACCAGGUGCCUUGAGUAUUCCAAAGACUCUUCUCGGAUACGCCGUCUCAUGAUCAAAGUCUUUUGGCGUGCAGCCCGAGAGUACAAGCGAAACAAGCCCUCAAACUCUGCCACUACGAAGCUACCAUCACAGCCUAGCGAUAGAGACACUUUACCAUUAGAGCUCCUGGAUGCGCCGACUGACGACAAACGCCAAGUCCUCGAUAACAACUCGCAUAUUCUCAAAGGCCAGAAUAUCGACAACCCUAUAGAUGUUGAGAGCAUGCAGUCCAGAACCAACACAUCAGGGCUGUCCACAGACGAUCACUGUGCAGGCCUUGGAAUUGCUUUCAAUUUUAUUAUUGGUGCACAGCGACAGGAUACGCCUGAUGAGAGCUCAAGCUCGGAGCCCUUUUCAUCUUCACAGCUAGUCCCUGACACAGAGGGAACUAUGAUGCCUAUUCCCGAAGAAGCAGAGAGCGUUCCCGGGACAGACCUGUACGAAGUGCCUCCAAGCCCUCCAGAGGUCACUGAAACUGCACAGAGUAAUGGCAAGCGCCCGGUCGAGCCAGACUCCGAUGAUCUCAGCCGCCAGGCCAAAGUCCCCAGACAAGAUGCAAGCACGUCUGCGAACUCGACACGCCAACCUCCAAAGAGUACUCGAGGUGGCAGAAAGUCACAGAGCUUACGUCCCAAAGUCCGAAGCUCUAAAAGACAGAGCAAGCCAGUCCUUCGACCAGGAGCUGCUACGGAAGAACAGAUUCAAGCUGCCGAGAACCCGACCCCAACCCCAACUCCGUCACCUCCCCCAGUUGUAGCUGGACCUCAGCGCAGAAGUAAUGCGAGCCAAAGCAAACAACCCUCGACCGCCACUAAUGAUUCCACCUCAAGAAUUUCAGCCGGGGAAACACAAGGCCAAUCUCCAACCGGAGCUAUCAGAGCAGAGCUAGCUCGCCAGGCUGAAAGGCAGACUACAGAGGCAGCUAUAGCAGCGGGUGUAGACCAAGAACUAGAUGCCUGCGGCACGUCUACCACUGACCUCUCCGCUAAAGCUCAAGGAAAGCUACCUGAGGCGCCGGUCAGGAAAAACCCAACGGUUCAAGCUGGGCCAAGUCGGGAGCGGGACGCAGAGUCUACGGUCAGACCAGAGGCCAGUGCUGUGAGCCAGCAAAGGAGCCGCUCUGGGAAUCUGGACCCUGAAGAUACACAGCGACAAGUGCCGCAUGGACGUGAAAUAGUCAUCGUCAUCAGAUCCGACAUAGCCAAUGGCGUUGACUUCAUGUCUUGGAAGCCGUCAUCUUUCUUAUUCAACAUGUCUCUUGCGGAUGUGGCUGAGGAGUUGGGGUUGAGGCACGGCCGAACCCUUCACAUGUCUCUCAGAGGCCGAAUGUCCAACUUGUGUGAAAAGUUCGAGCCCGGCGACGAAGAUGGAUUUGAGUCCUUCAAAGAUGAGUGCCUGGGAGUUAUUAUGCAGCGCCAUUCUGGUGCGCAGAGACAACAGUUUAGGGUUUACUUUUCGGACAAGCCAAUUUCUAUCUGA